GAGAGAGAGAGAGAGAGAGAUGUUAAAAGACCAAACAGGAUCUCCCUCUCCUAGGUGCUGCUCCCCUUCUUCCACACUCAAGGAACAUUGAAGAGUAGCUCGAUGGCCGGUGAGAACGCGACACUGCCCGUUGGAAAUUCCAGCAGCUCCUGGCAGACAGAGGCCUCCAGGGGAAUCCAAAUUGCUGUCACUCUGCUUAUUUUCCUGGUGGGCGUGUGUCUGAAUGGGUUGGUGGUCUGGGCUCUUGGACUACGGGGUCGCCGUCAUCUGGUGCGCAGAGGCAGCACUGAGGAAACGCGUGCUGCCAACAGUUUCCGAGUCUACGUCCUGAACCUGGCCCUGGCUGACCUCAUCUUGCUCCUGCGGACUCCUCUCAUGGUGGGCUACCUACUAAAUAAUUUCAGCUGGCCAUUUGGAAAGGCCGUCUGCCACCUGAUAGUAUUCAUGAGAAGUCUGGGUCUCUAUGGCUCAGCUUUCGUGCUUUGUGCUGUGGCUAUGGAGCGUUGCUUGUGUCUGCUCAGGCCUGUGUGGGCUCGACUAAAACGGCCCUCCUGGGCGGUUCCACUGGUCUGUGGACUCAUAUGGCUUGUGGCCUUAAUCUUUGCUGCUCCCUACAUCUACUUUACUGAACUAAAGGGUGUUAAUGGCACCCUUUGGCAGUGCCGGGAGAGCAGGGAUUUCAAUCUAGCAUUAUUUCUGACGGAAACAAUAGCCGGCUUCUUGUUGCCCUUUAUGGUAUUCCUAGGUAGUAACAUGGCUGUUUUUCUCACCAUCAAUAAAGCCCUACCAUCGACACCCACUGGCAAUACCCCAUCAAUGGCGCGAAAGAUGGCCAGGAUGUACCAUGUGCUCUUUGCCACCAUGCUUCUUUUUCUCACCUGCUGGGUCCCCUACUUUGUCUGUCGCUUCAUCCUUGCCCUGGCAGGCAAAAAGUCUUCUUUAGAAAAAUCAGCAGGCAAUGCUUUAUACAUCUCGCUAUAUCUAGUUUAUAUCAAAAGCGCUCUUAAUCCUGUGCUUUAUGUGUUUGCUGCCAAAGGCCUCAGCCGUGCCAUCAAAGCCUCACUUGUCUCCACAAUAGAUCGCCUCUUUAACGAUGAAUCCUAUGAGUCCAUACGAAGAAAGUCAAUCAAGAACUCCCAGAUGUAACUUGAGAUGUCGAGAAGUGCUUUAACAGAACAGACAUGGGGAGUGGUGUCCAGCUCUAGCAAGAGAAAAGGUGGUUAAACCCUAGACAGAUAUUCAGUAAAACACAAGGUAACAUGUAGAACUCCCAAGCAAGGCCAGCAAAGAGUGUUUAAUCAACCAGGCUAAUGUUUUUGAUUUGUUAAAAAGUAGAAUACCUGGAAAGAAAAAAGGGAAAACCAGGAUUGGAGCCCAUGGCUUUUAUAGCUAAGAACUCUCUUUUGUAUGUCAACCAUAGAACUCUCUAUCUAUGGUUGACCUCCUUUAUUUCUAUAAUCUAUUGUUCUCUCUUUUCCUUCUUCAUAGCGACAUUAGUAUUAUGACUAAAAUUAAAGGAAUGAGUUACUGUAAUGCACUUUAGGUCAAUGAUUUUUCAAUGUGUAUUUGCGAAAGAGAAAUGUGUUUUAGGAAUGUAUAAAAUGUGCUGUGAUAUUGUGUGUUUUUAAACUGUACUGCAAACUUAUUUUGUAGCAGACAUUUUUGCAGGGAGUUCAUGUAAGUGUAAAAGAUUAACAAUUUUCAUUCUUUCUUUUAAAUAAAAAAGUAUGGUCUGUGUAUCUAUUCAGUCUGCUCUCCAUGCCCAGUUUGGAUGUUGAGUUUUCUUUUUUUUAUUUUCAAAAAACAAUGUGAAAAAGAUCAAAUGUUGUACUGAUUGUUCAAGAUAUGUUUUAUGAAUGUAUUACACUGGAGCAGCUAAGGUCUUUUCAGCUGUAUGUAUUAAUGUUUUUAUGCUUCAAAGGAUCAUAUUGGAUGCAUUUUAGAAUUCAAAAUAAAUAGUAAAUGCAAAGUAAA